GCUUCUUUGCUUCUUUGCUUCCUUGCUCCUUUGCCUGGUGUUUGCUUUGUACGGUGCUGACUACUGACUACUGAGUACUGUAGACGAGAAAGUUCAUUUGCAUUGACUUGUUAGUCUUGAUCACAGGUAUAACAAUAGGCAAGUAGCAAGAGCAAGUAGUAAAUAGUAGGUAUCAGAGACCGGCAUCCGGAAUAUCUCUAGACAGCGGACAAGAGGAGAAUCCUAACUGAAGGCCGAGGUAUGAACAACAAGAUAUACAAGAUAUACAACAUAUACCUACCUAUAUCAAAUAAAAUGUUAUUUUUGAAUCAAUCAAUUAUUGUAAACAAUGCCUACCUAAAUCUCAUGUCUAUUUACAGAAAUAUUUUCAAGACAAAAUUAUUUGCUGCCCCUAUUUUAUAUUUGAAAGUUUCCUUUCAAACCACCAAAUUCUCAGUCCGAGCAAUGUCCACCUCGGAUCAAGCGAUGCCCCUCAAAAAGCAAUUUGAAGUCCUUCAAGAACAAUACACUGCAUGUGAUAUUGCAGAUGCUCUUCUCAAGCUCAAAGUACCUGGUGCCGGCUUCCUUCCCGACCUGAGACCUGCAUUUGCUUCGACAUCGGCAUCUCCUGAUAAAAUUACUGUUGCUCCAGUUUCAACUGUUGUUUUUGCCCCAAAGAAUAGCACAGAUCUCUCCAAUUAUCCAGCAGCAAACAUUCCCUCUGAUAAGCAUUGGGUUGAUCUCACCGUCCCUGACUCGAUAGUGGUUAUAACUCAGCCUGAAGGGCAAAAAAAUGCCGUACUAGGCGGAAUAAUGGCAUUGAGGGCCCAAGUUCUUGGCGCUAAAGGUGUGAUUGUUAGUGGAAGGGUCAGAGAUCUUGAUGAACUUCAAGCUACUGGAAUUCCCGUAAGCUUUCUGUCCAUUCUCUCACAUGCAAAGACCGCUUGUUGAACCCACAUGUACCCCUGUAGCAUUCGCUAAGAUUAACCCUUAUUCUCGAACUUCACUGAUGAUUUUUGUAGAUAUGGUCUCGUGGCACAUCAAUUGUUGGUGCUGGUGGCGAAUCUAAGCCUCACGCAAUUCAGGUAGCAUUAAAAAUCGACGGGACAGAUGUCUGUCCUGGAGAUAUAGCAUUCUGUGAUCCCAAGAAUGGUGUUGUCAUCAUCCCGCAAGGAAAGAUAGCCGAUGUAAUCUCUAUGCUGCCAGGUCUUGUUGCAGCAGAUGACCGUGUGAAGGAAGAAGUUAAGCAGGGAAUGUCGGUCCAAGAAGCCUUCAAGAAGCAUCGAGGAUGAAAGCUUUUCCAAGGGCGUGCUAAAAUCAUUAUUGGGGAAGUGGUAUGUUGUUCAGUGUUACGUAUGACCUUCAAGGUACCAUUUAAAUAGGGAAGAAACUUGAUUGAGUUACUACAUAUCUUUGCGAAUGUCGGUCUGGCUAUCUUCAUGAAAAGUUUAGAGAUAUAACAUACAGAACGGCGUUCGUCUCUGACUAAGGCAGUUGAGCGUAAUACCGGCCCAUAGCAAAAUCCGAAAUCAUGUCAAUG